UAAAGUAUUCAUCUGUGUGGGAUAUUGCAUAAAUCUUGGAAGACUGCAGUAAAGUGGCAAUGUCUCGGGAACCCAGCCCACCUCUCCCUGGAGAUAUGUCUACUGGUCCUAUAGCAGAAAGCUGGUGUUAUACACAGGUUAAAGUAGUGAAAUUUUCCUACAUGUGGACCAUUAAUAACUUCAGUUUUUGUCGAGAGGAAAUGGGUGAAGUGUUAAAAAGUUCAACAUUCUCAUCUAGCCCCAGUGACAAAAUGAAAUGGUGCCUGAGGGUAAAUCCAAAGGGAUUAGAUGAUGAAAGUAAAGACUACUUGUCCUUAUAUUUGCUUUUAGUCAGCUGCCCAAAAAGUGAAGUUCGAGCAAAAUUCAAAUUUUCCCUUCUAAACGCUAAAAGGGAAGAAACAAAAGCAAUGGAAAGCCAAAGAGCAUAUCGAUUUGUACAAGGGAAAGACUGGGGUUUUAAAAAAUUCAUUCGAAGGGAUUUUUUGCUUGAUGAAGCUAAUGGUCUUUUACCAGACGACAAGCUUACAUUAUUUUGUGAGGUGAGUGUGGUCCAAGAUUCAGUAAAUAUAUCAGGACAUACUAAUACAAAUACUUUGAAGGUGCCUGAAUGUCGACUAGCAGAAGAUUUAGGUAAUCUCUGGGAAAACACAAGAUUUACAGAUUGCAGUUUUUUUGUGAGAGGACAAGAAUUUAAAGCUCAUAAAUCUGUACUUGCAGCUCGAUCCCCAGUUUUUAAUGCAAUGUUUGAACAUGAAAUGGAAGAAAGCAAAAAGAAUCGAGUGGAAAUAAAUGAUGUAGACCCUGAGGUUUUUAAAGAAAUGAUGAGAUUCAUUUACACAGGAAAAGCACCAAACCUUGACAAAAUGGCUGACAACUUGUUGGCAGCUGCAGACAAAUAUGCACUGGAACGGCUGAAGGUCAUGUGUGAAGAAGCGUUGUGUAGUAACCUCUCAGUAGAAAAUGUUGCUGAUACCCUUGUCCUUGCAGAUUUGCACAGUGCAGAACAGUUGAAAGCACAAGCCAUAGACUUUAUUAAUAGGUGCAGUGUACUUCGACAGCUUGGGUGUAAAGAUGGGAAAAACUGGAACAGCAACCAAGCCGCGGACAUAAUGGAAACAUCAGGGUGGAAGUCCAUGAUUCAGUCUCACCCUCAUUUAGUUGCAGAAGCCUUCCGAGCACUAGCAUCUGCACAGUGUCCACAGUUUGGCAUUCCACGCAAACGGCUAAAACAGUCCUGAAAUCUUCCAUGAACUGUAGAAAAAUGGAAUUGACUUUUACUCCUCCAGGUCCAGAAGGAUUCUAAUAUACAAACCAUAAGCAAGAGUUGUUUCUGUUGUCUUGUCCACAGAACAGAAGCUGAAAAAGCAUAUUGCUUGCAUUUCAGGUGGAUAAUUUAUGGUUUAUUCUUCAGCUUUAAAUUAGACUGAUUAUACUCUAAUUCACUUCAAGGCCUUAAAUUAUCUUCAAUGACUUCUCUUGUUCAUAUAAUACUUUAAUUUUUUUAUUGUGCCUUGUCAUUUUGACUAAGGCUAUGCAGGAUUGCACUAGCUCCAUAAUGCAGUAAUAUUGAUAACUGAAGAUACUAAGUUUGAAAAGGAUCUUCCAUUAGUUUGAGAAAAAAGCAAAAUGAAUUUUACAGGGUUUGUCCUAUGCUGUCUCAAAGUUUAAAACUAGGUUCUUCUUAAAAGCACUUGUAUUGGAGAUUACUGGUAAUGUCUCCAGUCUAAGUUUUAUAAAUAUAGGAGAACCUGCUUACCUUCAAGGUAAGUUACGGCAAUACACUGCUUCAGUUCUAAUUUAUUUUUCAUUUUAGGGGGCAAAUAUGCAAUGAGUUGGCCCAAAUUUUUAGUAAAAUUUAUGAUGUUUGUCUGUGUGUUGACUGUCCAACAAACUAAGAGAAGCAUAACAAACCUUUGCUUGUGUUUUUGUGGGUUUAUUCAAGUUUACAAUGAUUGAGAACUGAUUGAGGUUUAGAUUUCAAUAAAAAGAAAGCAUGUUUUGUGCUGAAUUAAUUUUUUUUAAUUUAUAGUGACCUACAUUUAUAUGAAGAAUUCUGUCCAUGUUGAAAGUAAGGAUGACCAAAUGUAAAUUUAACGAGUGGGCCAAUUAAGAAAGAUAUAUAUGCACUUUUAAUGUGUAACUUUUGUAUGCUAAAUGGUACAUAUAUUUUUUUUUGUUUUGAAGGUAUUAAUAAGGUAUAAUUAAUUGUGUCUUAACUUUUGAAAGGAUUUUUUAAGACCGAUGGAGGCAAUUGGGAUGUUUGUGAUAAUAGAUAAGAAAGAUAUCCUUGAUUAAGGUUAAAUUGGUUUGAAUUUCAGAUAUUUAUUAUUGAAUUUAUUCCUGUCUUAUCACACUUUGGAGAAGGCAACUGAACAAUAAACAAAUCCUGAAUACUCUACUCUCCUUCUGAAAACAGUGAACUUACAUUAUUUGCAGACUAGAGGAGAGAACCUUUAGAAAUAUGUCAGGCCACACUCUGAACCUUUUCUCCCCCCUAGCUUUCUCCUUUCUGUUUCAGUUACUGUAUUAACAUUGUGGAUGAUAUUGAAAUUCUGCAUAAUGUGAACAGGAUAAACGAUUUAUAAACUG